UCACUUUUUUGUAAACAAUUUAACACUUGAUUUCAAUUUUGGUAAACAAUUAACAAAUUGUGUUUUCAAUUGACACCAAUUUAUACACACUUUUCGCUUAUAUAUAUCGUGUAUAAAAGUGUGGGAAACAGUGUUUUGUAUUUAAGACAACAAAACAAACAAUACAUUGAAUGUAUUGAAUGAGUGUUUGGAAAAAGUGGUGUUAAUUGUGAUUAACGUUGAAAUUGUAUUUUGAUUGAUAAUUAAGUUAACACUAAAUCAAUAGCAAUGAGUGAUAGUUCGGCUAAUUUGCGAAAUUACCAGAUCCAGUUGCAACAGGUCCAGUCCGCUCUCCUCACCGAUCCGGACAACCAGGAGCUCAUCAAACUCAACGAUGACCUAUUGGAAGUGAUCGCUUUAACGAAACAACUGAUGGCCAGCGAUGGCGAGGCUGAGCCCAGCGGUGACACCAACAGCGGCGCCGACGGCGGCGAAGACAGCCAUCACUUCGAGACGGGAGACCUCUGUUUCGCACCACUCAGUGAAGACGGACAGUUCUACGAGGCGAGAGUGGAUGACAUCACAUCCGACGGUCAGUGCACUGUUGUCUUCAAACAUCGCAAAGUGUCUGAAGUCUGUUUGGUUUCAUUACUCAAACCCAUCGGUAGA